AUGUCUUCGCUUGAUGAUCCUCGACGGCUAGUGCAUUACGGGCAGGAGAGCGUAUCCAAUGUCUCCAGUACUGAUUUUCCUGGUUAUGACCCAAGCAACGACUACUUGUGGGACAUCGUGCAAUUUAAGAAAUCAUUAGUCGUUAAAGUGCAGCGGCUUUCAGAUGUUACAAUCGAAUUCGACAUUGUCGGUAUUGACACGUCAAUAGCCAAUGCGUUCCGUCGAAUACUCAUUGCUGAGGUCCCAACAAUGGCCAUAGAAGGUGUUUACCUCUUCAAUAACACAUCUGUCAUCCAGGACGAAGUUUUAGGCCACCGGAUUGGUCUCAUACCACUGAAAGUGGACCCAACAAAUUUCGAAUACCUAACUCCCGGCGGAGGCGCUAGUGACAGAAACACCCUUGUAUUUGAUCUGUUAAUCGAAUGCAAACGAAACCCAAAAGCGAAAGCUGGAGAAACUGACCCAGAAAAGCUGUAUAUUAAUUCCAAUGUUUAUUCGCGUGACCUGAAGUGGAAGCCUCAAGGGGAGCAAGACGAGGUUUUUCAAGUCCCUCCAGCACCUGCAAAUCCAAACAUUUUGAUUGCCAAGUUAAGACCUGGACAAGAAAUCGAGGCUCAGUUUCAUGCGCAUAAAGGCAAAGGCGAAGAGCACGCAAAAUGGUCACCAGUUGCGACUGCAUCCUACCGCCUUCUUCCACACAUCACAAUCCAAGAACCUAUCCUACCCAGAUCCAUCCCAAAAUUCAAAAAUUGUUUCCCAGCGGGGGUGAUCGAAUCACGUACGAACCCUUCCACGGGAGAAGAAGAGGUUUUCGUUGCAAACCCACGGAAAGAUACUAUGAGUCGAGAAGUGCUACGACAUGAGGAGUUUAAAGAUAUUGUCAAAUUAGCGAGAGUACGGGAUUUUUUCCUUUGUGAGUGGGCUUUACCUACCUCUUGGUUCCUUGUUGAUUUGCUUGCCAUCAUCCUGUCUGAUUGUAACGGCACAAACAAUCUUGAUUAUCUAGUUUCCAUCGAAUCAGCAGGACAAAUGCCCCCCGAGCAACUCUUCCCUCAGGCGGUAAACGUCUUACGAGAGAAGAUUGCACGGAUUAGGGCAGAUAUAGAUACAUACAUUACUGCUAGCAUUAGUGUGGACGUAGAUAUGGUUGAUGCGACGGAGUAA